GUAGAGCAAAGAGGCAGGCGAGUUUCAACAGAUGGUUCUGGCUGUCCUGAUUCAGUCACAGCCGUUGUUUGAAUGAGAACUCAGAGAGAGAGAGAGAGAGAGAGAGAGAGAGAGAGAGAGAGAAUUGAAUUGUGGGGAAUUGAAACCAAAGAGGGACUUUUUCCCUUUCUCUACUUAAUUCUACCGUAUUUGUUUAUAUAUUUUUCUUUCUGUUACAAAAAAAAAACACAGCUGUGUAGUCAGACUGUCAUCAAGCAAGCCAGCCAGCAAGCCAGCAGUCAAGCCUGGCGGUGGUGAUGGCAGUGGUGGUGGUGUUGUGAACCCACAACGCCAGUCUGUCUUUACAGGAGGAAACCUGCUUUCUGUCAGUCUCCAGAGGAUCAGUGCUCAAGAGCUGACCUCUGCAGUAAAGCACCUGUCCUACGGCUGUAAGACCAAGUCAUUCAUUAUACCUGCAGAGCGACUGUUUGAUAGUUUGCAGAGCUGAGCACCAGGAGGAGGAUAACAUCAGAAAGCAGAGACGAGGAAUCUCUUGAGUUGCUCCUGAGGAAGUGAGCUGAGCUCUUUACAAGAUGGCAGCAUUGAGGCUGUCUUCAGGGCUGCUCCUUGUGCUGGGGGUCAUGUCUCUCACCAACGGCUCGGUGCUCCUCUCAAACCAGCGUCAGAAAAGCCGGGCCCAGCGUGACCGCAGAAACAUCCGUCCCAACAUCAUCCUCGUCCUCACCGAUGACCAGGACACUGAGCUAGGCUCCCUGCAAGCCAUGAACAAGACGCGACGUAUCAUGGAGCGAGGUGGCACCCUCUUCUCCAACGCCUUCGUCACCACGCCCAUGUGCUGCCCCUCUCGCUCCUCCAUGCUGACUGGGAAGUACGUGCACAACCACAACACCUACACCAACAACGAGAACUGCUCCUCCCCCUCCUGGCAGGCACAGCACGAGCCUCACACGUUCGCAGUGCACCUCAACAGCACCGGCUACCGCACAGCCUUCUUCGGGAAGUACCUGAACGAAUACAACGGCUCCUACGUCCCGCCUGGCUGGAAGGAGUGGGUGGGUUUAGUCAAAAACUCCCGAUUCUACAACUACACCCUCUGCAGAAACGGCAUGAAAGAGAAGCAUGGAAAUGAAUAUCCUAAGGACUACCUGACUGACCUCAUCACAAAUGACAGUAUCAACUACUUCCGUAUGUCGAAGAAGAUGUAUCCCCACCGGCCCAUCAUGAUGUUGAUCAGCCACGCUGCCCCCCAUGGGCCGGAGGACUCUGCCCCACAGUAUGCCAACGCUUUCCCCAAUGCCUCCCAGCACAUCACUCCGAGCUACAAUUACGCGCCCAAUCCUGACAAGCACUGGAUAAUGAGAUACACGGGGCCCAUGAAGCCCAUCCACAUGGAGUUCACCAACAUGCUGCAGAGGAAGCGCCUGCAGACACUGCUGUCCGUCGAUGACUCCAUGGAAAAGAUCUAUAAUAUGCUGGUUGAAACAGGUGAACUGGACAAUACAUACGUCAUUUACACAGCGGAUCACGGCUACCACAUCGGGCAGUUUGGGCUGGUCAAGGGGAAAUCGAUGCCUUACGAGUUUGACAUCCGAGUGCCCUUUUAUAUACGAGGACCCAAUGUGGAGGCUGGCAACAUAAAUCCUCACAUGGUACUGAACAUUGAUCUGGCUCCCACCAUCAUGGACAUUGCUGGACUGGACAUUCCACCGGACAUGGACGGCAAGUCGAUCCUUAAGUUGCUGGACAUAGAGCGGCCAGUAAACAGGUUCCAGUUUAACAAGAAGGGAAAGGUCUGGAGAGACUCAUUCCUUGUGGAAAGAGGUAAGCUGUUGCACAAGAGGGACGAUGGUACAGAGGCCACCCAAGAGGAGAAUUUCCUGCCCAAGUACCAGCGUGUGAAGGACCUGUGCCAGCGUGCGGAGUACCAGACGCCCUGCGAGCAGCUGGGUCAGAAGUGGCAAUGUGUGGAGGAUGCUAUGGGCAAGCUGAGGCUUCACAAGUGCAAGCGGAUGGCCAGCCUGACGGUCGCGGGUAAGCUGGGCGUGGCCAACAUGAAGUCUCAGCUCUACAGGAGGAACUCUGGGAACUGCGAUUGUGACAUCACCGACUUCCAAAUGAGUCCAGUCAAGAGGAAUAAGCUCUUUAGCAAGAAGAAGAUGAAGACAAACAAGAAUUACGCUCGGAACCGCUCGUCGCGCGCUGUGUCGGUGGAGCUCAACGGGGAGCUGUACAGCGUGGACCUGGAGGAUGGCUAUGAGCCCGUCAUGCCGAGGAAUAGCAGCAAGCGGCUGUCCGAGGGGGGAGAGGAGGAAGAGGAGGAUGAGGGGUUCAGCGGCACAGGCAGUCUCACCAGCUCCAGCAGCCCCAAUGAGCUCAUGAUACCCUCCUCCAUCAAGGUCACUCACAGGUGCUACAUUCUUGCCAAUGACACGGUGAAGUGUGACACUGACCUGUACAAGUCGCUUACAGCAUGGAAGGAUCACAAACUUCAUAUUGAUCACGAGAUUGAAACUCUACAAACCAAGAUAAAGAACCUGCGAGAAGUGAGAGGUCACCUGAAGAGAGCCAGACCGGAGGAGUGCGACUGCAAUAAGUUCAGUUACCAGUCUAAGCACAAGAAGAAACUGAAGCUUAAAGGAGCCAACCUCCACCCUUUUAGGAAAGGGCAGGAGAAGGACAAGAAGCAGUGGCAGCAGAAAGAGCAACGCAGGAAGAAGAAACUGCGCAAGCUGCUCAAGAGACUGAGGAACAACGACACCUGCAGCAUGCCAGGUCUCACCUGCUUCACACACGACAACCAGCACUGGCAGACUGCCCCCUUCUGGACAAUGGGUCCGUUCUGUGCCUGCACGAGUGCCAACAACAACACUUACUGGUGCAUGAGGACCAUCAACGAGACGCACAACUUCCUGUUUUGCGAGUUUGCCACAGGAUUCCUGGAGUACUUCGAUCUCAACACUGACCCCUACCAGCUCAUUAACGCAGUGAACACCCUGGACCGGGAUGUGCUGAACCUGCUUCAUGUUCAGCUGAUGGAGCUGAGGAGCUGCAAGGGACACAAGCAGUGUAACCCCCGCACUCGGAACCUGGAGAUCGAGGGCAGAUUUGGGAAGGAUGGGAAGGCUAAAGUCUUCGAGCACCUCCACUGGUUAGAACUUGAAACCUUGUACAGACUUGACGAGCACGCCUAUGAUUUCAAACUGAAUUUUAAUGUUAGCCCGGAGGACUGGAUGAAUUUCAGGGCUGUUGUAGAUAGAAUGUUUGCAUUGCUGGGCAAUUUCAAUAGACAUAAUAGCAACCAGCACCUUGGUGUCUCCCUUGUGAGUGGGGGAAAGGACCAGGCAUUGACGUCUACCAGUCCAUCUGCUUCUACGCUUUACCUUACCACCCUGGCCAUGCCUGCCCUCCUCCUCCAGGAAGCCACUGCUGAAGCUCUGAGAGAAGCCUUGGGGCUCCAGUGGGAUGAGAACAGCUCCGACUGGUUUGAGGCCCACGCCUUCCUGGAUGAGCGAGAGGAGAGCCUGGAAGGGAACGAGGAACCCCAAAGCCAAACUGUCAGUUCAGAUGACUUGGAAUGCAUUCCCUGCGACUGCAGCGACUUCAGUUGAGAUGAUUUGCAAGACUUCCUUCGCUGCAGCGCUGCUCAGUCGAGGGGAAUAAAGACCAAAAUAUGCUUUUGUCUAAUUUUUUGGUUACUUUUACCGGACACACAGCACAAUAUUCCCCCCCCCCCCCCCCCAAUGCCUUUAAGGCCAAUAACUCCCCCAAAAUAAAUCUGUAAAGUCCAGAUCAAUCUUACUAUAAUCAUCCUGUUCUGCUUUUGAAAGUCCUAGCACAGCAGGUUAUUAACGUUACAGCUAAUGAACUUGUCCAGGGAACUGUGCGUGUUGUUUCUAAUGGAUUCUAAUCCCCAAUUUGUAAUAUUUGCCCAAUGAUGAGUGAAGGUUUUGUAAAAGGUCUAUACUUUGUUCCAGCCGCCUUAUUUUUUGCUUUUGAUUGUGGCUACUCUCAGUUGUAGUGUUCUUGGCACUUGGAGGUGUUGAGUUCUUUACCAUGGCAGUGCCCAGGGGGAGGGCUAAUUUAAUUAAAGCAAAUAGUAUUAGUUACAUUGUGUAGCACUUGUAAUACAGUAAAAGCAUUUGAAUGCACUUCACAAAGCUUCUGAAUGACAGGGACUGUGGCAUUCAUACUAACAGCCGUGUGGAAUGAACAGAUGCAGAUUAUUAUUCUACUGUAUUUUAUUCUCAUGAUUAUAUCCAUGCCAUUACCUUUCCUGAGAACUGUUCUCAGCAAGCACUUCUUUCAGCAUGGUUCCACUGGACAAUGGAAACACAACCAGGCUUGACGUCAAUUCCUGUUGUUGUGUCCUUCUUAAAAUCAAUUCCCAAUUCAAAUGCCUUCGAAGGAAUUUGAAUUGAUAUUUUGGAGAGACAUCAUAAAUGUUGCGAUUGUUCACCUGCUUUCAUUUGAUGCCAAUUUAAUUGGUUAACAGCGACUUCGAUUUAUGUAAUGUGUACAUGCACAUUUUAAAACCGAACACUGCUAAAUUGCAAUUUUAAUCAAUGAUGUGUUUGAAUCGAUUAAAAAGGAAUGGAAAUUGAUUAAAGGAAAAAGGAAAAAUAAAUAGGGAAUAGGAAUUGACUCCCACCCUGAACACAUCUCCUUGGCCGGAUUCAAACCAGGUUACAAAACUGAUCCUCAAUUACAUUAGAACAGGCCGACAUGACACAUCAGGGUGUUUCUACCAGUGUGGAACCUGGAACCUUUUAUCUUCUCUAUUUCAAUGGACUGUGCCAAACAUGAGCUUUCAAAACAGGGCACUGCCAGGGUCAAAGGGCAGCUAAACUUUCAUAAAGUGGUGGGCUAAAAGACAACCUCGACGUUACUGAUUCCAUACCAGGUGGCUGUCAGCAUACAAAAACAGCACAGGGUAGCUGUUUGAAGCGUUCAGCGUUCAGUGCAUUCACUGCUGCCCAUUCACUCCUUGGAAAUCUGUACCAAGCACAAUACGAGAUAGUCCAAGCCAAAAACACACUACCUUUUCGUGAUUAAAAAAAAUUUAUAUAUAUAUAUAUAUAUAUAUAUAUAUAUAUAUAUUAUAUUCAUUCACGUGGUUAAUGUUUGAUUGCUGUUCUUGGUUACAUUGACUUUGCUAUACUUGGUGCUAUGACGGUCUGAACAAAUAUAUUAAAACUGCUGUAUGUAGAUGAAUGUAAUGUUUUGCAGUUAAUGUAAAAUGUCAAAAUAUAUUUUAUACACAUGCAAAGGUAAAGCCUAUUCAAAAUGUGUUCAGUUUCACCUUAACUAAAUAGUUCCAAAUCAAUGUUAAAUACAUACCGUAAGUCCUGCCCUUGUGGCUUAAGUGGCAACUUUUGAGGGCCCGUUUUUAAAUUGUUUCAAAAUGUAAUUUUGACUUUAAUGCCUAGAUCGUUGAAGUUGAUAUACUACCAGGUCUGAGAAGAAAUCCCAAUAUAGAUUUUGUAUGACCUGUUGAACUGAAUGACAAAGGACUUGGUUUGACGAUUUUAAUAUUUUCUGAGAAGAGCAGUACUGUUUCUACUCCCCUUUAGAUCAUCAAAUGUGACCUCUGAAACUGACAAGCACCUUUAUCUUAAAAGCAUACAGUUUCAAUUAAAACACAGGUCUUGCCUUGUAUAUAAAUAUACAGACUUUGUUUUGUCUUUUUAUUCCUUAAUGACAAUUUGGUAUGUUAUUAGUUUGUGAAUAAAGUGUGGAAUGCCCAGAAAUCCAAUUUCUACAA